GCGACGGAGGCGGCUGCGGGAGGAUUGUUUGGAGCGGCGGCGAAGCAGGACCGGGACCGGGACCGGGCCUCGGCCCAGGCCCGGGAGUGAUACAGCCGGCCCGGCCUGGCCCGGCCCGACCCGGCCAUGGCGGAGUUCCUGCCGCCUCCCGAGUGCCCCGUGUUCGAGCCCAGCUGGGAGGAGUUCGCCGACCCCUUCGCCUUCAUCCACAAGAUCCGGCCCAUCGCCGAGCAGACGGGCAUCUGCAAGGUGCGGCCGCCGCCGGAUUGGCAACCACCGUUUGCAUGUGACGUUGAUAAACUUCACUUUACUCCACGGAUACAGAGGCUGAACGAAUUGGAGGCUCAGACUCGUGUAAAACUGAAUUUUCUGGACCAGAUUGCAAAGUUUUGGGAGCUCCAAGGAUGUACACUCAAAAUACCACAUGUAGAGAGGAAGAUCUUGGAUUUAUUUCAACUUAAUAGGCUAGUGGCAGAAGAAGGUGGAUUUGAUGUAGUCUGUAAGGAGAGGAAAUGGACCAAAAUAGCCACAAGAAUGGGUUUUGCUCCUGGCAAGGCUGUGGGUUCACACAUCCGUGCACAUUAUGAGCGUAUUCUUUACCCCUACAACUUAUUCCAGUCUGGAGCUAGUCUACUGGCACCUGACAUUUGUUCCAAACUGAUGUGUUUAGUGGAUCAUGCAGUUCUGAAAAAGUGUUUGCAGAAGCCUGACCUCACCAAUGAUACAAAGGACAAGGAAUAUAAACCUCAUGAUAUUCCCCAGAGGCAGUCUGUUCAGCCAUCUGAAACUUGUCCACCUGCACGUCGUGCAAAACGCCUGAGAGCCGAGGCUACUAAUAUCAAAACUGAAUCUGAGACCCCAGGAGCCAGAACUCAUAACUUGAGACGCAGAAUGGGAUGUACACCUUCAAAGUGUGAAAAUGAAAAGGAAAUACACAGCACAGUGAAACAAGAACUUACUGAGAAGAGAGAACACAUUGGAGACGUGGAGAAAGAGAAACCGAAAAGUCGCUCUAAAAAACCCACUAGUUCAGUGGACUUGUAUGUAUGUCUCUUGUGUGGUAGUGGUAAUGAUGAAGACCGUCUUCUGUUGUGUGAUGGCUGUGAUGAUAGUUACCACACUUUUUGUUUAAUUCCACCCCUUCAUGAUGUUCCCAAAGGGGACUGGAGGUGUCCCCAGUGUCUGGCUCAGGAGUGUAAUAAACCUCAAGAAGCAUUUGGUUUUGAACAAGCAGCAAGAGACUACACACUCCGCACAUUUGGAGAGAUGGCAGAUGCAUUCAAGUCGGACUAUUUUAACAUGCCUGUACAUAUGGUUCCUACAGAGCUGGUUGAAAAGGAGUUUUGGCGACUUGUUAGCACCAUUGAAGAGGAUGUCACAGUGGAAUAUGGGGCUGACAUUGCUUCAAAGGAGUUUGGCAGUGGCUUUCCAGUUAGAGAUGGGAAAUUUAAAGUUCGGCCUGAAGAAGAAGAGUAUCUUGACAGUGGCUGGAAUUUGAACAAUAUGCCUGUGAUGGAGCAGUCUGUCCUUGCUCACAUCACUGCAGAUAUAUGUGGAAUGAAAUUACCUUGGCUGUACGUAGGAAUGUGCUUUUCUUCAUUUUGCUGGCAUAUUGAGGACCACUGGAGCUAUUCCAUCAACUACCUGCACUGGGGGGAGCCUAAGACUUGGUAUGGAGCCCCAGGAUAUGCAGCUGAACAACUGGAAGAUGUAAUGAAGAAGUUGGCUCCUGAGCUAUUUGAGUCUCAACCAGAUCUUUUGCACCAACUUGUCACCAUUAUGAACCCAAAUACGCUGAUGGCCCAUGGAGUGCCUGUUUACCGAACCAAUCAGUGUGCUGGGGAGUUUGUGAUUACAUUUCCAAGAGCCUAUCACAGUGGCUUUAACCAGGGUUUCAAUUUUGCUGAAGCUGUUAACUUCUGCACAGUUGACUGGCUGCCAUUAGGUCGUCAAUGUGUGGAACACUAUCGCCUAUUAAACCGCUAUUGUGUAUUUUCUCAUGAUGAGAUGAUAUGUAAAAUGGCUUCCAAAGCAGAUGAUCUUGAUGUUGUGGUAGCAUCUACAGUUCAAAAAGAUAUGUCUAUUAUGAUCGAAGAUGAAAGGGCAUUGCGUGAGGCUGUGCGUAAACUGGGAGUGACUGAGACUGAGAGAGUGGCUUUUGAAAUGUUGCCUGAUGACGAGCGCCAGUGUUUAAAGUGCAAAACCACUUGCUUCAUGUCUGCUGUUUACUGUUCAUGUAAACCUGGUUUACUGGUUUGCCUAUAUCAUGUAGAAGAUCUCUGUUCCUGUCCCACUUAUAAAUAUAAACUGGGCUACCGGUAUACCCUUGAUGAUCUUUACCCAAUGGUGAAUGCACUAAAAUUGCGUGCAGAAUCCUACAAUGAAUGGGCUUCUAAUGUAAAUGAAGCUUUGGAGGCAAAAAUGAAUAAUAAAAGAAGCCUCAUCAGUUUUAAGGCUUUGAUAGAAGAAUCAGAAAUGAAAAAGUUUCCAGAUAAUGAUCUGCUGCGACACCUUAGAUUAGUUACCCAGGAUGCUGACAAAUGUGCCUCAGUUGCACAACAACUUCUUAAUGGCAAAAGACAAACCAGAUAUCGUUCUGGUGGAGGGAAAUCCCAGAAUCAGCUGACUGUGAAUGAACUCCGGUUGUUUGUAAGACAGCUAUAUGCUCUACCCUGUGUCCUCAGUCAGACACCAUUACUGAAGGAUCUUCUUGAUCGUGUGGAAGCUUUCCAACAGCAUAGCCAGAAACUACUUUCUGAAGAAAUACCCAGUGCAGCAGAACUACAGAAGCUCUUAGAUGUCAGUUUUGAGUUUGAUGUUGAUCUUCCACAAUUACCUGAACUGCGGAUACGCCUGGAGCAGGCACGCUGGCUAGAAGAUGUACAACAGGCUUGCGCAGACCAAAGCUCCCUUACUCUUGACGAUAUGAGACGCCUCAUAGACUCGGGUGUUGGAUUGGCUCCUUAUCCAGCAGUUGAGAAAGCAAUGGCUAAGCUGCAAGAACUCCUUACUAUAUCUGAACACUGGGAUGACAAAGCCAGAAAUUUGAUAAAGGCCAGACCGCGGCAGUCACUAAGCAGUCUUGUAGCUGCAGUAAAGGAGAUAGAGGAGAUUCCCGCUUAUCUCCCAAAUGGAAUUGUGCUGAAGGAUGUUGCGCAGAAGGCCAAAGAUUGGCUACAAGAAGUGGAAGCCUUGCAGGGUGGAGGGCGUGUACCAGUACUUGACACGCUUGUGGAGCUUUUGACAAGAGGUCGCUCUAUCCCAGUACAUCUGGACUACUUGCCAAGACUGGAGUCCUUAGUGGCAGAGGUUCAAGCAUGGAAGGAAUGUGCCAGCAAUACGUUUCUGACGGAGAACUCCCCUUAUUCUCUUCUAGAGGUGUUAUGUCCCAGAUGUGAUAUUGGAAUAUCUGGGCUUAAAAAAAAACAGAAGAAAUUAAAGGAGCCAGUACCAAGUGGAAAGAAGAAGGGCACCAAAUUGGAGAGUCUGAGUGACCUAGAAAGAGCUUUAUCUGAGAGUAGGGAUACUGCCUCUGCGAUGGCCACACUUGGUGAAGCCCGUCUGAAGGAGAUGGAAGCACUUCGUUGUCUGAGAGCAGCAAAUGAAGGGAAAGUGCUAGCUACUGAAGAGGAUGGAGAGAUGAAAGUUUGCCUGUGCCAGAAAGAGCCAGUUGCCCCCAUGAUACAGUGUGAACUCUGUAGAGGGUUCUUUCACACCAGCUGUGUUUCAGCACCCAGCAUUUUGCAGGGACCCCAUGUGUGGCUCUGUCCUCACUGCCAUAGAUCAGAAAAGCCACCGUUAGAAAAAAUCCUACCUUUGCUGGCCUCCCUGCAGCGUAUCAGAGUGAGGCUUCCUGAAGGAGAUGCUUUACGGUAUAUGAUAGAGAGAACUGUGAACUGGCAGCAUAGAGCGCAACAAAUGCUAUAUUCAGGGAAUCUAAAACACAUACAAGACAAAGUUGGCUCAGGACUAUUGUACAGCAGAUGGCAAACCACAGCAGGCCAGCUGCCAGAGACAAACAAGGUAUCUCAGACAAUUGGUGCUAUGUCUUUCUCUCUGCCUCAUGACUGGGAUAGCAGAACCAUAUAUUUACAUUCUCCUUUUUCUACAGGACAAAACUGCAUCCCCCUUCAUGUCAUUAGUGCAGAGCUGGAUGAGUUGAUGAUGGAAGCCCAGCUGCUACAGGUUUCGUUACCUGAAAUACAGGAGCUGUACCAGAUCCUAUUCACAAAACAGAGCCCUGUUCUGCAAGCAGAGCAGAAGUCACCAGUAGGACCAUUGAAUGAAAAGAAUGAGUACUGCCGGGGCAGGAGAGAUGGAGUUGGUUAUAUGGAGAGAAAGUUAAAGAGGCGCUUUGAAAGAGAGGGCUUCUGCGAUGGAAAGAGAGCAAGGAUAAAAAAAAUGAAAACCCCCAAAAAGAAGAAACUGAAACUGAAUUACUCGAAGGACCUCACUAACAACAAAUUGGAGAGGGAGAGAGAGAGAGAGCGGCUCAUUGAGGUGCAGCGCUCCAGCGAAAGCCACUUGCUUCCCUCAGAUACAUCAUUCUCAGAGCAGGAAGACUCUGAGGAUGAAGAUGCAAUCUGCCCUGCUAUGAACUGUCUGCAGCCUGAAGGAGAUGAGGUGGAUUGGGUCCAGUGUGAUGGCAGCUGCAACCAGUGGUUCCAUCAGGUGUGUGUGGGUGUCUCUCCAGAGAUGGCAGAGAAGGAAGACUACAUCUGUGUCAGCUGUGCUGGGAAGGACUCUCAACAUCGAAAGUAAAACUCCCCAUAAAUCAUUCAAGACUCUAUUUUAAAGAAGGUUAUGAGAAUUUCUCCAUAAAGCCACAGGGGCUGGUUUAAUAGCCAGGCUGCAAAUGGUGCUACUUCUAUCCUCACGGGAUCAUUUUCCAGAACUCAAUUUUUGACACUUUUUGUACUUUUCUCCCUUGAGCUGUUUGUGAUUGUUGAGGUUUGAAAUGCUGACUGUUUAGCAGGGGUUUCCGCCAAUUUGGAAGGCAUUUGAAACAUGCACCUUUUUAUUGUACAGCAUUAAAUUACCUCUCUCUGGGAUUUACCGGCAUAUUUAAAUCAACUCUGUUUGGGUGCAAAAAACUGCACUAUGAAUUUUCCAAUAAAUCCUCUUUUGAGGAAAUCCCUGUUUACCCUGUUAACUUGUUGGAAACUUUAGGUUUUUUUCACUUUGAUUUUUUUUGUAGACUAGGUUUAUUUAUCUGAGCAAUAACUUCUAUGUCUGGCUUCAGUGACUGGAAUGACAAUUCUGAACAGCGUGUUGGUGCUUUUAGCAUUGGUUAAUGUACAGAACGCAAACGGUUAGGUCCUAGUAUCACUGAUGGAUUAGUGAUUUAGAAGACAGAAAUGGCUCUGUAAAGUAAUUGCCACAGCUGUAUUUUGGCUUUCUUCUCUUUUGGGUAGCUUGUAUCAAAUGUUGCAGUUUAUAUUGUGGAAUAAACCCCUGGUUAUAUUAUAAAACUAAAUGUUGGUGUUUUCAGAGAGCUUAAAAUGCAGCUUCACUUUCAGUUUGGAUUGGUCUUUGCAUUGGUUGGGUUUCACUUGGUCAGAAAAAAAAAUCCAUCUGA